UUCUCGAAGCAGAGCUGGGCUGGUGGCUGUUUCAAUCAAAGGGAAGGCAGAGAGGGAUAGGGAGGCUCUGCGGGGUGAGAUGUAAAGAUGGCAGAGCUACAAAUGUUGUUAGAGGAAGAGAUUCCGGCCGGCAAAAGAGCGCUUGUGGAGAGUUACCAAAACCUAACCAGAGUCGCGGACUACUGUGAGAACAAUUAUGUCCAGGCCCAGGACAAGAGGAAAGCUCUGGAGGAGACCAAAGCCUACACCACCCAAUCCCUGGCCAGCGUGGCCUACCAGAUCAAUGCCUUAGCCAACAAUGUGCUCCAGCUGCUGGACAUCCAGGCCUCGCAGCUGCGGCGCAUGGAGUCCUCCAUCAACCACAUCUCCCAGACGGUGGACAUCCAUAAAGAAAAGGUGGCCAGGCGGGAGAUCGGGAUCCUGACGACCAACAAGAACACGGCGAGGACCCACAAGAUCAUAGCACCAGCUAAUAUGGAGCGGCCGGUGAGGUACAUCAGGAAGCCUAUCGACUACAACGUGCUGGACGAUGUCGGCCAUGGCGUCAAGUGGCUAAAAGCCAAGCAACAUGGAAACAAUCAGUCAAUCAGAGGAGGAACACUAUCGAGGACCAACCCGCCGACGCAGAAACCACCGAGCCCUCCCAUGUCAGGGCGCGGCACGCUCGGGCGCAACGCGUCCUACAAGACCCUGGAGCCGGUGAAGCCGCCCACGGUGCCCAACGACUACAUGACCAGCCCCGCCCGGUUGGGCAGCCAGCACGGCCAGCAGCACAGCCCGGGCCGCACGGCGUCGGUCAACCAGCGGCAACGCACACACAGUGGGAGCAGCGGGGGGAGCAGCAGCAGGGAGAACAGCGGCAGCAGCGGUAUUGGCAUUCCCAUCGCCGUGCCUACACCCUCCAUCCCAAACUCUGGACCAGUCCCGCCCAUGUUUGCUCCUCCUGGAGCCCCUCCACCUCCUCCCCCACCCUCUCCUCCUCCUCCUCCUCCACCUCCUCCUUCCAUGGCUGGGUUCGGGUCCCCAGCACCCCCGCCUCCACCUCCACCUCCGCCACUGCCGUCAACUUUAGUGGUGGCCCCGGGGCCUGGUCUGGGCCCUAUUCCAAUGUCCCAGUUUGGAACCAUCUCGCGGCAGAUUUCACGGCACAACCCCUCCAACUCCUCUGUCUCUAUGGUUUCGGCCACGGGCACCUACCGCCGGGCGCCGUCGGUCACUUCCCAGUUCUCCUUGCAGCAGCAGCAACAACUUCAGCAGCAACAGCUACAGCUACAGCAGCAGCAGCAGCAGCAGCAACAACAACAACAACAACAACAACAGCAGCCUCAUAUUAACGGAGGCACUCCAGGCUAUGGUCAGAAUUCAAUGUCUAUCGCUCCUCCUCCUCCCCCCAUGCCCCAGCUGACUCCACAGAUACCUCUGACUGGCUUUGUGGCCAGGAUGCAGGAGAGCAUUGCAGAUACUCCUACUCCUCCCCCCCCCCCUCCUCCAGACGACCUGCCGAUGUUCGACGACUCUCCUCCCCCUCCGCCGCCUCCUCCGGUUGAUUACGAGGAGGAGGACGCCGCCGUGGUGCAGUACAACGACCCCUACGCUGACGGAGACCCACAGUGGGCGCCCAAGAACUAUGUGGAGAAAGUGGUGGCCAUCUACGACUACUCCAAAGACAAGGACGACGAGUUGAGCUUCAUGGAGGGGUCCAUCAUCUACGUCAUCAAGAAGAACGACGACGGCUGGUAUGAAGGCGUCAGCGGCGGCGUCACCGGCCUGUUCCCGGGCAACUACGUGGAGUCCAUCAUGCACUACGCCGACUGAAGAGACCCGACAGUAACAGUACGGUCUAUUUAUUCAGUCAUAUCAUAAAUCCAAUGACGGACUGACCGCCGCCGCCGCCGCCGCAGCAGCAAUCUCCACUCACCUGAGACGCAUAGACAUAACUGUAUGACCCUACUUUUUGAUAUGACAGAAUGUUCUUCCCCUUAACUGAUUGCAAAUAAAAUGAAAAGUAAUAUCUA